GCAACACUGUCAGUCAUAAACAUAACCUAAAAUAAUUCAUCUGAACUCAUUGGAUUUAAACAAUUUUGAUGUUUUAAUUGUUAAAGGUUUUUAUUUAAAUAAUGGAUAAACUUCUAAAAAGAGUACUAUUUAAUAAGAGAUUUUUAUCUCCAAUAUCAAUAAACAGCUGUCAAUGUAUCAAAGCUGUUAGAAAUGAUUGUUGUCAAUUUCACUACGAUUCUUACAACUCUCGUUCUCGAUCUAUUUUAAAAAAUACUACGCAAAAUAAAUUUAUCAACUUCCAAAGACGACAUAUGUUUAUACAAACUCAAGAUACACCAAAUCCUAACAGUUUAAAAUUUAUUCCGGGAGUUGCUGUUCUAGGAGAAGGUCAGACAAAAGAUUUCCCAAAUGCAACAGAAAGCUUUUGUUCACCACUAGCAAAAAUGAUCUUUCGCAUUGAUGGAGUUAAAUCUGUUUUCUUUGGACCUGAUUUUAUUACUGUUACUAAAGUUGAUGAAGACGUUGACUGGAGUCUUUUAAAACCUGAAAUUUUUGCUACAAUUAUGGAUUUUUUUGCUGCUGGUUUGCCGGUUCUAACAGAGAAUCAACAACCAUCUGAUACUAAAAUUAAUGAAGAGGAUGAUGAAAUUGUUCAAAUGAUAAAAGAACUUCUUGAUACAAGAAUACGACCUACAGUCCAAGAAGACGGUGGUGAUAUAGUUUUUGUGAGUUUCGAAAAUGGGAUUGUUAAACUAAAAAUGCAAGGAUCAUGUACGAGUUGUCCAAGCUCAGUAGUUACUCUAAAAAAUGGAGUUCAAAAUAUGAUGCAAUUUUAUAUACCUGAGGUACUUGGGGUGGAACAAGUAGAGGAUGAGGUGGAGAAAGUAGCUAAAGCAGAAUUCAAUAAAUUCGAAGAAAAACUAAAUAAUAAUAAAACUUAAGACUAGUAAUAAGUCUUAUGCGUUUUCCAACAAUGAUCUUAUGUGAAAAAUAGUUAUAUUGUAUAAAUAAUAAUAAUAAUUAAAUUA